AGAAAGAUACACAGGAGAUCAAUACAUGGGCUCAAGGUUGCCAGCAGCUAAAACAGAGAGAGGAUGCAAGUCUUGAUCCAACAAAAGCUUUGUUCUGAAUCCUAGUGAACUGGUCAACAAAAACUACGGGUGCCAAAAUCAAGCCUGACUAUGUUUGAUUAAUAUCCAGCCUAGGACAUACAAUUCUUACAGGAGAUCAGUUUAUUAAUCUUCUGAGGGUAUCUUCAGUCAGGCUACACACCUAGCUCAGAUUUGUUAACAUCCAGAUACGAACAGCUGCCACAGUCACAUCCUUUCCCCACAACAGAGUGUGUGUCUGUACGUCUUAAGUUCACAUCCCAAGCCUAUGAGUCACAAUUAGCCCCUGAAACUCCAGCCUCUCCCUGCAAGUAACCUUUCUGUGGAGGUGCCUGUAAGCUUGUGUAAUUAGUAUCUACCUGCUCUGGGUUAGUCAUGGAUCAGCUGGCAUAACAUUAUCUCACAGCCGACAGGAUUUAAAACAACAAUAACAGCCUUAGGGCGGGGCCAGGACCAAACAGAGGCAGUUUACAAGGAAAACCAGGAGGCCUCUCUGAAUCCCUCAAUCCUUCAAGUCAUCUAUGGACGUCAGUGUGUGUUUGAAUGCAUCCCUAUUUAUUGCUCUCCAGAUGUGGUCCUCAGCCCUUCCUGUUUAAAUGAAGAUGGAUGUGCAGGGAGGCGAGGCAGUUUGCUUGUAAAGAAGGAGUUGACUUCAAAAUGAAGACUCUUGUCAUUGAUGGCAUCAAAGUGCGAAUACAGAUAUGGGAUACUGCAGGCCAGGAGCGAUACCAGACCAUCACCAAACAGUACUAUAGGCGAGCACAGGGCAUCUUCUUGGUCUAUGACAUCACAAGCGAGAGAUCCUUCCAGCACAUUAUGAAGUGGGCAAGUGAUGUGGAUGAGUAUGCACCUGAGAAAGUGCAGAAGAUCCUUGUGGGGAAUAAGUCUGACGAGGAACAGAAGAGACAAGUGGCCACAGAGCAGGGUAACAAGCUGGCCAAGGCCUAUGGAAUGGACUUCUUUGAGACAAGUGCCUUUACCAAUCAUAACAUUACAGAGUCUUUCACACGAUUGGCUGAGCAGGUGCUGCAGGCGAACAAGAAGGACCUGGACCUUCUGAGGACUUCCCUCACCGAUGAGCUCAACCUCACCGCCCUGGAGGAGGAGGAGGGCAUCUGCGACGGCACCGCUGACUCACAGAAAGCCUGCUGGUGUUAGAGACAGGAAGUUAUCAUCCGGACAUUUGUUAUGAUUUGGCUCACAGGGGUCAACCACUUGAUUUGGUUUGUUUUCAGUUUAAACUAGGUACCGGUAUAUCAAUAGAGUUGCCUUGUCUCUCUCACAAUGGAUGCUUUGAGCUUUGUAGAAGUAUUUUUUCGUGAGUCAUUGAAAACGGCUAAAUCCAUGUACAUUGUCCACAUCAUGCAGGAUGUUUUGGCAGGGUGCUGGAACUCCAGGUGUGAAUUAAUCAAAAA